GCUUUUUCUGUGUUUGAAUGGAGAAGCUGGGCUCCCCAGAUCCUGCAGACCCCUCACAGGGUGCAGGGCUUGUUGCUGGGGUUUCUGUUGCCAAGACGGCAGGGGUCGAGGGAGACGAGGCUGCAGUCAGCUCCAAACUGUUUCGGUGUGCAUGCGUGAGACGCUGGCUACCACUGGCCUACAGAGAAGAACUUUACCAUGUUUUGCGGCUCACAGGUCCACUGCUGCUGUCUAGGAUUCUCAGCUUCCUACUGCCAUUUGUUAUCACCAUUUUCUGUGGUCACAUUGGCAAUGCAGAACUGGCUGGAUAUGCACUGGCCUCAGCGACCAUUAAUUUGACCACGACCUCAACAGGUUAUGGCCUUACUGUGGCCUGUGACACGCUUAUUUCUCAGACAUUUGGCAGUAAAAACAUGAAACGUGUUGGGGUAAUUCUUCAGAGAAGUUCACUGAUCCUGCUGCUGUUUUGUCUGCCUUGUUGGGCUCUUCUUAUCAACUCCUACAACUUAUUAAGUCUGAUGCAACAAGAAGAUGAGGUCGCAAGAAUUGCCCAGCUCUAUGUGAUGGCUUUUCUACCAGCUGUUCCUGCCAUGUUCCUGCAUCAGCUUCAGGUCACUUACUUACAAAAUCAAGGGAUCAUUCUGCCACAGAUGUACACAGCAGCAGCAGCAAACAUAUUUAACUUGGGGGUUAACUAUGUGUUAAUCAUCAGCCUGCAGCUGGGUGUCGUUGGUUCAGCAAUUGCCAAUGGUCUCUCUCAGAUCAUCAUCUGCCUGCUGCUGUUUGCUUACAUCCGGUGGAGAAAGCUUCAUGUGCAGACAUGGGGUGGGUGGUCUACUGAAUGUCUGCAGGAAUGGGGGUCUUAUAUGAAGCUGGCCAUUCCCAGUGUAUUUAUGAUUUGCUUUGAAUGGUGGAUCUGGGAGAUUGGAGGUUUCCUUGCUGGUUCACUUGGUGAGGUGGAUCUUGCUGCACAACAUGUCAUACUGGAACUAAGCGCCAUUACAUACAUGUUCCCUCUAGGUGUCUACGCAGCGGCCUGUGUGCGUGUUGGUAAUGCUCUCGGGGCUGGAAACACUGCCAGAGCUAUAGUCACCUGCAAAGUCUCCCUGUUUCUAUCAGGGGUGCUUGCUGUGUUACAGGGUAUUGUAAUUGCAAGCUCCAAGUCUGUCAUCGGCUACAUAUUCACUUCUGAUGAUAAAAUUGUGGAAAUUGUCUCACAGAACCUCACAGUCUACACAUUUGUACAACUCUUUGAUGCAGUUCUGUGUGUCUGCUCGGGGAUUCUUGUCGGGGCUGGGAUGCAGAAAAUUGCUGCCUUCUCCAACUUAGUGAGUUACUACUGUAUAGGCCUGCCAGUAGGAAUCGCUCUGAUGUUUGCAGCACAGCUCAGAACAUUAGGUUUGUGGCUCGGCCUCCUCAUAUGCGUUAUCCUUGAGAUGGGUUUCUUCCUUGUUCUAAUCUUCAAACUCGACUGGAAGAAAGUUACGCGGAAGGCCCUAAAGCGAGCUGGGAUGAAAGUGCUGGUGACACCAAAGCGACCUGUGAGCACAGUCCUGAAUGAAGGAAUGGUGCCUGAUUUUACUGUCAGCAACAAUACAGCCCAAAUGGAUGGUGAAGAAGCUCCUACAACAGAAGGAUACAGUUCUGUCAACACUCAGGAUCAGGAGGUGAAAGUGGUUCAUGAAGCCGAGGGCAACAGUACAAACACAGGAGGGGCUGAGAAGGAUGCUGAACAGAGCAAAAACACUGCAAAAUCCAAACCCCAAGAACCGCUCUCUGUCACUCAGCUGAUUCUACGCAGAGGGCUCACUGUCUUGAUUUCAGUUCUGAUUUUGGCUGUAGGUGUUGGCUUUCACAUUGCGUUCCCUGCACCAGAACCGUCGGCUCACAUACGAGCCAACUUUACCCUGAACUGGGCCAAUGACUCCACUCCUACCCCACUCCUCCCACUGGACCUGACCACUAACCAAUAAACGAACCCCUAACAAAUGGACCAUUUAUUGUUAAAGAGGUUUAGCUUUUCUCAUAAACCUCAGCUGUUCUGGACUGGUGGGUGUCUUUGGUGGAGAAAUAUGUGUCAGUAAUGUCUGAGGCAGCUCUAGUCUGCCAAACCAUUCCGCAGAAAGCCAGAAGCAAUAUCAAAAGGGUCUCAUGAGGAGCAAAGCGAGACUGGCAGAAUCAAAGGUGUUGCUCCAAAGAUCAUGUCUUAGCCUGCUCAGUUAGAGGCGCUCAGCUGGGACGACAAGACGUAUUUACAAAUUCAUCUCACACAAAGAUGUUCUUUCACUUCUGAUUUUGAGAUCUUGUGAUUUAUGUUGACAUGUUGUCUUUUUCACUGACUAUGAAUCGUUUAAUAUCUUAACUUUUAUAUGAUUUGACUGUUAAAAGCUGAUGUAAAAUGUACAUGUAAAUAUGUAAUACAUUGUAUAACUAUAGAAAAAUGUAUUUCUACUGUAUCAGUUUGAGCCAAGACACAGACAAUUAAUUACUAAUACUUGAUUAUUAUUUUUUUACUUCAAAUCUGUGGCCAGUAACAUUAAUACUGUGAGAGCACUAUGAUCAAUGAAUUGUAAAUAAAUUUUUUAAGUGUUUA